AAGCCCAGGGGGUGUACAAGAGUCCAGGUCUGAGCCAGGAGCCAGAGAGAGCUUCGGAGAGCAGCCAGCUGCAGCGAGUGUUCUGCGGCUGUAGGCACCUGUCAUCCUGCCCUCGAUGGCUCCCUCCGCCCCCCUGGCCCUCCUCCUCCUCUUGCUGAGCCUGGCAGAGACUCCGGCAUCUGCGCCUGCCCACCAGGGACGAGGAGGCUGGACCCUCAACAGUGCUGGCUACCUUCUGGGUCCCAUCCUCCACCUUCCCCAGAUGGGUGACCAAGACCAGGAGAGGGAGGCUGCCUUGGAGAUCCUGGACCUGUGGAAGGCCAUCGAUGGGCUCCCCUAUUCCCGCCCUCAGCAGGCCUCCAAGAGGAGUCUGAUGGAGACGUCUGCCAAGCCAGAGAUUGGAGAUCUGGGCAUGCUCAGCGAGAACAUUCCCAAGGAGAAAGGUGCCUGAAGUCUCAGAUAUCUACGAACCCCAGUUCCUAUCCUCCUUCUCCAGCUCCUGUUCCCUCCGAAACCCUUUCUAGGUACCCCAUGCUGUGACUAAGAUCCUAAAGUUAAGUACUCGGGUCUCAUGAAGACAUUGGGAAGCACUGCCUUACUCUAAAAAAUGUCUGGACUGUCUUUUCAUUGAUUCAUCCUUGGAAUCAGUAUAACGUGUUGUUAAUGAACCAAUAGUAAUUUGAGGACUGUUUGGAAGAUUCUGGGGUAAUCAGGGAAUAUUCCUGCAACACAUUUAAAGUAAUUGUGUUCUUUCAAAUCAUUCUAAUUAUAACAUGAGCUAUUGAAUAAUACAAAUAACACUCUUAAGUCUGAGAGUCUGUGACUUGACUUGAAAACAUUCUUCAAAGUAGCAUACUUUUAUCCAUGUGAGUCUCCUCCAGAAAUAAAGAGAGGCAGUUUGAAGCAGAAUGGAGAGAAUAAAAUAUUUCUUGUCAAAU